AAACUAAAAAAAAGGUGGAUAAGUGGAUGUCGCUCUGCUGUACAGUAGGUUACAAGUGGGUCACUGUAAUGGAUGGUGUUAAAUUUGAACUCAAUGAUAUAAUAUCAUUGUAUAAGAAAAACGAUUCUGAGCGAAAACGGUCAGUCAGCCUAUGAUAUAACUAAUAUAUUUGAUGAUAUUAUUGUGAAUAAAAUAAUUUAUAUUUAACUUAUUUACGUGGAAACUUGUUUUAAAUUUUCAAUCCUUAGCCAUAAAAGUUAAACAUUUUAUACAUUUUUAACUACAAAAUAAUUAUAAAUUAAUAAUAUUUUUCAACUGCUAUUAGAACGAUAUAUCAGGAGCCUUAUAUUAAAUUUUCACGCUUUUUUACUCAACAGAUAAAAUGUUAUUGAUAUUUAUAGAAAAAAAAACUAAAAAAAUUGAAAACUGACAAUGUCCGUAAACAGCUCAAAAAGAGUCUAAAUAUUUUCAAAAUUCUAUGGUGUAUAGAAAAUGCUCAUAUAAACAUUCAGUCCAAAUACGGUCAUUUGUUUUUGAGUUACACCAAAAACCAAAAUCGAUUUUCUCGAAAACAGAUUUUGCGUAAAAAUUCCCGUUUUUCCUUAAUUUUUCUUUUGUUUUUCACAUCGAUUUUAAAAACACUGGGAAAUUUUUACUUUCUAGUUGGUACUAUGGGGGGUCUCAUAGUACCAACUAGAUUCACUUUCCUAUCAGAAAAGUUACUGUUGAAGAAAAUACAAGCACUUUUACUGUCCUAAAAGGUGAUGACCGAUACAAAAAAAAAAAAAUAAUAAAAAAAAAAAACACAUAUCAUUGUAAAAUCAAUACAUUCAUCGCUUCGCUCAGAAUCUAAAAAUGUUCAAUUUAAAAGGUCCCGCAAACAGCUCAAAACGAUCAAGUAUAGAAAAUUAUAAAAUAAACAUAUUAUCAUAGUGGAAAUUUCGAUUAUUCGUAUUUGAAUUACAACAAAAUAAUAAAAUCACUCCUCGAGAAAUCGAGUAAAUAUCCAAUGUUUCAAAAUAGGUACUUUUUAAAAUUUUAUGGUGUAUAAAAAUUACAAAUUUACACAUUCAGUGAACAUUUCAUGUAUCUACGUGUAAUUUUUUUUAGAGUUACACCAAAAUCAAAAUCGAUUUUGCGUAAAAAUUCCCGUUUUUUGUUUGUUUUUUCCCGGUGCUUUUGAAAACUAGAUUCUGGGAAUUUUAAAUUUCACCUCCAAAAUGCACCAAUUAUAUUCUCUUUCCCGCCGGAAAAGAUACUAUAAAGUUACUUAUCGUGUAAUGUGUAAACGGACACAAAAAAAAAUAAAAAAUUAAUGAAAUAAUUAUCAUUGUUAAAUCAAUACAUUCAUCGCUUUGCUUAGAAACUAAAAUGUAUGAUUGUAUGAUGAAAAACUUAAAAAAAACUAUAACGAUUAAUUUUUAAAAUUUUUUUAUCGACAAUAAUUUAAAAAAAGGCGGGCAAGUGGUCGUCGCUCUGCUGUACAUUUGGUUACAAGUGGGUCACUGUAAUGGAUGGUGUUAAAUUUGAAUUCAAUGAUAUAAUCAAAUAUCAUUGCAUAAGAAAAACGAUUCUGAGCGAAGAAUCAUUACUAUUGUAUUAUUAUAUAUAAACUCAAUCGGUGUAAAUGCAAAAAUUCUGGUAGACUUUGUAACUCAAAGUGCCAUAUUAGUUGUGUAUGUGAUUAUAAUCAUAGGCGGAUAUUGGGAGGGACUUGGGGAGGCUUAAGCCCCCCCUGAAUGUAACAAAUCACAAUAGAUGUCAAAAUAAAUUGUGUAUUUUAAUAUACUUAUGUACACUUGGUUCCUCUGCUAGAAUAAAGUAGGAGUGUCUACUCAGUAGUUAGUAGGUUGAAGCAUUUAAAAAUGUAUGUUUACGCUAAUGGAUAAGACAAAAAUGUUAAGCCCCCCACGGAUGUGACCAAAUAUCCGCCUAUGAUUAUAAUAUUAAUAAAAUUAUAUAAUGCUAUCAUAUGUGCCUAACAUUACUUUUUACUUUUUAGUAAUAAUUAAUUUAAAUAAAACUGUUAAAAUAACUAUAAUUUAAUAAUAAUCAAUAAUAUUCAUCAAUCAUCUUAUUCAUUUCAAACCACUUUAAGAGAUAAAUAUUAAUUCUUCAGUAUAGGAAGUACCAUAUAUUUGAUAAUAGAUUUUAAAACUAUUAAUAGGCAACUAAUAUUUGAAGUGUCUAUUAAUUCAAGUUUUUUUUUAUGAUUAUUUAAGUACUCACAAUAAGAUGAUUUUUAAUAUAUUGAAUAUUUAACCUAUAUACUGUGCACAAUGCUCAAUUUCCUACUUUGCCGAAGGGCGUCAUUUAGAGGUGGGGGGGGGUGUACAUUUGCACCAACAUUUUUUUUAAAACGCCUUCUUUGGCCUGCCAACAAUAAAUAUAAGCGCCGAUGUGUUUUAUAUUUUUUCAGUAUUAAAAAAAAAUUUAUUGUUCUAUAAUGUUUAGUUUCCAAGAAUGUUUGAUGUGGUUUUGUGGUCCCACAAUAUUAUAAUUAUUAAUACAAUUAUAACACAAACAUUGUAAAGAAGGGUACCCAUAAAAUAAAUUUCUGGUUUUAUUAAGCUAUAUUAUGGAUUUUGAGUAUACAGGGAGAAAUGUGUAAGUUAUGUUCGGUUGGGUAUUUUAUUAUAAAGGUGUUUUAUGCCCAUUACCCAUACAUUUAUUUACCAAGUGUAAAUUCCACUGCACACUGGUAUCAGUGGUAUCCACAACAUAAAAUAAAUACAUUAAAAGUACCUACACAUAGUUCGUAAAAAAUAGUACAAUAUUGUGAUAUUUUCAUACAAGUGACAUAUUAAAUAAAUUAUACGAAUAUUCUACAUUUUUUGCCCCAACUUGACCUUCCCCCUUUCCCCCACAAAAAAAAGGUUUUCUAUGUGGCCUGCAAACAUUUUGGCACCAACAAAAAAAAAGUUGAAAUGACGCCCCUGCAGUUUGCGAGUUUGCCCGUAACAUAUAUAUAUAAAUAUAAAAGAUCACCUAAAAGUAUAAAUCGAGUCACAGAAUAAUUCAAAUCGUAAUACCAGAAACUAUCCUCGUUAAAAUAUUAUAGGUAUAAUAUUAUUAUAUCAAUAAUGGUCUUUAGAAAAAUUAACGCGCUCGAAAUUCUAAUGCUGCGGGCCGACGAGAACGAUAAACAUAUUACUGGCCGGCUAGUAGUAAUACACGUCGUCGUCGUCGUCUGGGAGAUUUUCUCGGAGAUCGGUCUCUGUGUUGGACGAUUUGUAUUUAGCUCAUUAGCAAUUCUCGAUUAAAUCCAAACAUACACAUAUACAUAUUAUCUUCGCUCAAACAAAAGAUGGCAACUACCUAUUAUAACAUCGACGCUGUAAACGUCAUAUUGCUCGAAAUCUUAGAAGACAUUGUUGUCAACAUUAUGGAGGGCACUUACGCUGACGAAACAGACGAAUAUCUCGUGGGUUUAGUUACCCUCCUUCUGUCUGCCAUUGAUUCGGGCGCUACUAUUGCGAGUGGCGACGAUCAGACCCCGGAGUCGGAGCCCGAAGGACAAAAUCCGAUUCUUGGAGGCGCAGAUGGACAGGAGUUCGACGAAGACGCCGAGGAGUCCGUCUCCUUGCACAGUGAUGGAUUGCCGAGCGGCGAUGCGCUGUCGUCUGCAGCAGAGUCGGAGCUUGCUCCGAUCCCAGAGGCAGCACCGCUCGGCAACAACAACACUGUCCAGGAAGACGACGAUUCGAAAAUUUCGGAAGCAGAAGAGGACCAUUCCGUUUUGUUGGCGAGCAGCUGUACGUCGUCGUGUGGGGACGCGCCGUCCUCGGAGUCGGGGCCUGUCGAUCCCACUCCGACUCCUGAGGGCGGACCGCUCGACGACGUUUUGCGUACAGAAGACGUGUUGGAUGAGAAAAUUGAGCCGGCCAGGGGUAUAGUUGUAAAGAAUAGUCUUGGUGAGCUGGUCGGUUGGCUGGACCCGGCGGCAGCACCCGGAAAAAUCGAUCCACCUCGUACGAGGUGGAAAAGCGUGAGACGCUUUUUCCGGGCUCUGUGCUGCUGCCGAUGAGAACCCGUCCGCAGCUCACCCCUUGGCCGUAGACGACGGGCAGGACGACGGCGACACAGAGGAGGGGAGGAUGUAAGAAAGAGCACGGACGGUGCGCGGCGGUAAGUCACCCACGCACGUUCUCCGGUCACCCGCGGCGCGACGGGUUGUUCGCGGGCGUAGCGCGCUCGGUCGUCUUUGACGCGCGAGACCCUCUGGCGGCUCGGCGAGCGCCCGGCUGCAGCUACGGUCACGUGGAGCGGCGACGACGGACGACGGCGACGACACGGCGGCUAGUAGAGGUACCGGCGCGGGCAACGAUUCCGCCCCGACGGUACAACGACGAUGACGACGGCGAUGGCGACUCUGUACGACGGCAGCGGCGGAGACCUUGGCACGGGGUGAGUGGUAUGGAGAUUUGCGUGCUAGGAACACGGGGACGUCAGCGCCGCCGGAUCCAAGGAAACUUAACGGUUUCAGGGUCUGGCGGCGCGCGACUUCACCACCGCGGCGGCGGAACGAAGAAGCGGCCGAAGGGACAACGCCAGGGCGAAAAUUACCGGGAGUUGAGGAUCGCGCUGCGGUCCGCUGACUCUCGCCUUUUCGCCCCGCGGCAAUCCCACAUUGGCCGCUUCGCUCGUCCCCGCCGGUUCCGCAGCACAAAAUCUCGAUUCGCUCGCUCCGUGUCUUGGUCUUCGCCGUCCGUCGGCAGAGUCGUCGCGCCGUCGACCGUCAACGCGCACAACAUCGCGCACUAUAGCCGCCGUUCGUCGCCGACAUCCGUGGUCGCUCCGCGGCCGUAUUGGUUGGGCCUCGCCGGCUGGGCAAGGUCGUCAAGCGUCCGAGCAAACGCGCCCGCGACAUACUCGGCAACCCGCGGGACAGGUCGUGAGAACGUGCAGAGGUGACCAGUGGCCAGCAACACUGCAUUUCGGCACCAAUCGCCAUCUCGCAUUCUCCCCUCCAUUGUUUAUUGUGUCUAUCCUGUCCGUCGUAUUUUUUUUUUCUUUAAAUUUUAUUAAAUUAUUUCAAAUUAUUAAAUUGUUCAGAUAUUAUUUUUUCUUUUUUAUUUAUUUUCAUAAACGCAUAAUAUUGUGUAAAAUAUUAUAUUUAUAUUUUUUUUUAGCAAAUGUGCUAUUUUUUUCAAAAUUGUUGUUCAUACAUUUUCUUACUUUUUUAAUUAAUAAACAUAUUUUGAUGUGAACAAAAAAAAUUUCUAUUUUUUUCGUUUUUUCGAGUGUAUAAUCAAUUGUUACAGAUUUAACGACUAAAAAAAUCGUUAAAAUAUAUAUUUUAAAUAAUAAAACUCGUUAGUCAAUUAUGCAAAGUAAUGACUGUGGACCUGCAGUAUAAACGCUAAAGGCGACAAAAACUGCUGAAUAAAUCAUAUAAUACCUAACGCAUUACACCGGCGGAUACGACAUAAACGACCAAAACCAAUACAAGAAUUGUAAAUAAUAAUAAUAUAAUAUGUAUUAUGUAGAACGUGCAAACGUCAAUAUAGUCGAAUAGUUAAUACACCGCACCAAAAUUCGCCAUCUUGCAUCCUCUCCCCCUUGUUGAUUGUGUCCUGACCUCCUGCCCGACGUAUUUUUUUUCCUUUUAUUUUUUUUAAUUAUUUCAAAUUUUCUAACUGUUCACAUAUUGUAAAUUUCGAUUUUUUUUUCCCUUUUGAUUUUUUAAAUUUUUUUCAAUCAAAACACUAUUUCUGUUUUCAAAAAUAUUAUUUAUACACUUUUGUAUGUUGUUUUGUUUUUGUUAUUAAUAAAUAAAUUUUGUGAAAACAAAAAAAUAUUGUUUCUUUUUUUUCGUUUUGUCGAGUGUAUACCUAAUCAAUUGUUACAGAUUUAACGACUAAAAAAUCGUUAAAAUAUAUAAUUUAAAUAAAAAAAAUCGUUAGUUAAUUAUACAGAGUAUAAACGUAGUAUAAACGCUACACGGAUAUUAUAAUAUGUACCAAGAAAUAUUUAAGCCAUCAAACACAAAAGGCGACGAAAACUGCUGAAUAAAUCAUAAAAUAACGCAUUACAUCGCGGCGGGAACGACAUGGACAGUUUUAUAAACUAUACUAUACAAGGGUUCUAAAUAACAAUAUAAUAUGUAUUGUGUAGCAUGUGCAAACGUCAAUAUAGUCGAGUAGUCAAUACAAAAUAAUUUGGGAAAAAUUUAAAAAUUGUAUUUUACAUAGGUAAAAUGUCGAAAAAUAAUAUUGUAUGAAAACAUUUCGGUUGAGGGUUGAACCCUUAAACCCCCACGUAUACGUGCUUGUACCGAUUCCAUAUUUUCUACAUAAUUAUUAACUUGAGUUGUAAUAUCCUAAUCUGAACAUAACUUGUAACAGAUAGGUACUUUUUCCCUAAUCGUUUGUGCUAGGAAAUCACUUUUUGACAGUUUUACAAUAAUAUAAUAAUUAUAGGCAUAACCCCACAAUAGGUGGUUCGACCUUUAACGUAAGUGGAAAAUGUAAUAAAUUUUCGAAGCACGUAUAUAACAUAAAUACAAAAUAAUAUGAAUAUAGCAUCUUCACGAAGUGUCAAUAAUAAUAAUAAUAUGAUUGUGUCAUACAGUUAUUCAUUUUUGAAUUACAACAAAAUAACAAAAUCGUUACAUGAGAAAUCGAGUAAAUAUCCAAUCUUAUAAAAAUAUGAACUUCAAACGCUCAUAAAAAAAUAAUUUGAUUUGCUUGUAUACAUUGUUUUUUUUUUUAUAAAGGUAGACAAAGUUAUGAGGAAUCUUGUAUUACAUUUUCAAAUCUUAGAUUUAAAAAAAAAAAAUUUUAUGAAUUUCGAACUCAAAAUUAUUUGCACAUUUUUGUGAAUUUUACGUAUUUUGUCAAUACAUGAACUUUUUAAGUUGCUUAUGAAAAAAAACUGUGACUGGAUUUUUAAUAUUUUCCAUCUGUCUUUGAAACAAUAUAUUAGGAGCAUUUUAUACAUUUUUAGCUAAAAAAUAAUUUUUUAAUUUUAAAUAUUAUACAUUUUGUCAUAAUUUGAAAUCAAAAUGUUUGUAUAAAAAAAAUGUUGCCUAUGUAUUAUUAAUAUUUUUAACUGUUAUAUAUAGCAGUAUACUACUUAUAUAGUGACAAUAUUAGGAACCUUGUAUUACAUUUUCAAGCUUUUUGACCCAACAAAUAAAAUUGUAUUACAGACAAUUAUAGAAAAAAAAAUCAAAAGAAUUGAUUAUUGUUUUAUCGACACAAAAAAUGUAUAAAAAUAAAAAAUAAAACACAUCAUUGUAAAAUCAAUACAUUCAUCGCUCAGCUCAGAAACUAAAACUAUUUAUAUAGGCAUCUAAUAAUUUACCUCUGAAGUCUGAAUAAUUUUAGAUUCUGAGCGAAGCGAUGAAUGUAUUGAUUUUACAAUGAUGUGUUUUUUAUUUUAUUUUUGUGUCUAUCAUUACCUUUUAGGACAGUAAAAGUGCUUGGAUUUUCUUCAACAGCAACUUUUCUGAUAGGAAAGUGAAUCUAGUUGGUACUUUGGGGGGGUCAAAAGUAAAAAUUUCCCAGUAGUUUUCAAAAGCGACGUGAAAAACAAAAGAAAAAUUAAGGAAAAACGGGAAUUUUUACGCAAAAUCUGUUUUCGAGAAAAUCGAUUUUGGUUUUUGGUGUAACUCCUUUUGAAAAUAUUUUACUCUUUUUGAGCUGCUUACGGACAUUGUCAGUUUUCAAUUUUUUUAGUUUUUUUUUCUAUAAAUAUCAAUAAAAUUUUAUCUGUUGAGUAAAAAAGCUUGAUUAAUAGAAGGUUCUUAGGUUAUUGUUUCAAAGGCAGAUGAAAAAAAUUAAAAAGCCUUAGUCACAGUUUUUAUUUAUAAGCAUUUAAAGUUCAAAUUUUGACAAAAUACGGAAAAAUCACAAAAGUUAGCAAAUUAUUUUGAGUUGAGAAUUCAUAAAAAUUUUUCUUUUUAAAUCUAAGAUUUGAAAAUGUAAUAUAAGAUUACUCAUAAGUUUGUCUACCUUUAUCAAAAAAAAAAAAUAUCUACAAGAAACUUAAAUUAAAUUUUUAUGAGCGUCUGAAAUUUAUAUUUUUACAACAUUUGAUAUUCACUUGAUUUCUCAUGUAACAAUUUUUUUAUUUUAUUGUAAUUAAAAACGAAUGACUGUAUAUACUUGAAAAUUUCAUUCAAUGUUUAUAUUAGCAUUUUCUAUACACCAUAAAAUUUUAAAAAUAUUUUGACUCUUUACGGACAUUGUCAGUUUUCAAUUUUUUUAGUUUUUUUUUCUAUUAAUAUCAAUAAAAUUUUACUUGUUGGGUAAAACAGCGUGAAUAUUUAAUAUAAGGCUCCUGAUAUAUCGUUCUAAUAGCAGUUGAAAAAUAUGAAAAAUACAUAGGCAAAAUUUUAUUUUAUAAGCAUUUAAAGAUCGAAUUUUGACAACAUUUAUCAAAUUUAUAAUUUAUUAAUUAUUUUGUAGUUAAAAAUGUAUAAAAUGUUUAACUUUUAUGGCUAUAAGGAUUGAAAAUUUAAAACAAGGCUCCACGUAAAUAGGUUAUAUUAUAUAAACUACUUUAUUCACAAUAAUAUCAUCAAAUAUACUUGGUAAUAUCAUAUAGGCUGACUGACCGUUUUCGCUCAGAAUCGUUUUUCUUAUACAAUGAUAUUAUAUCAUUGAAUUCAAAUUUAACACCAUCCAUUACAGUGACCCACUUGUAACCUACUGUACAGCAGAGCGACAUCCACUUAUCCACCUUUUUUUUUUAAUAACGUAAAUACCUACUAAAUAUUUAUUGCACACGGAAAUCGAUUUUGAGCGAAGACUAAUUCAUUAAUCGUUACGAUAGGUUAGUAUAAUAAUUGAAUAAUAAUUGUGCCUACUAUAUAACUACUUUAAAUUAAAUUGUAUGACGGCUUAGUGCCUCAUUAGUGCUACCUAUAAUAUAAUAAGGCAUAUUUUAU